UGCCACACAGCGCGUGCAAAUAGCCGGUAAGGGGCCAAGUCCAGGCACCCGGCGACACGGCUUAGUCGGCUCUGUCGGACCGGUGUGCUGCUAUCUCUGGGCGCGCCGGUAGUGUGGCCGGCUGGGCGACGCUUGCCUGUGGCCAGCUCGCUCGCUUGCUCGCCUUGUCCUGGCCACCACUCCUUCGCAAUAACCCACAGAUGUGCGCCGCCGUCGAGGCCACGGAGAAGCCCAAGGACGCCGAUGACGCCGCCGGCAAGACCGGCGACGACGGCAUGAUCACCGUCUGGUCAGAGGCGGUGCUGCUCUUCAACGACGAUGGCCAGCGGCUUGAUUUCGCGCCCCGCGCGGCGGCCAGGGCUAUGCCCGGACUGCGAGAACAGAGGAAAACCCGUCAGUUCUGCGACGUCGUGUUCCGGGCGCCCGAUGGCUCGGAGACCUGGGCACAUCGGUUCGUGAUGGCUGCCAAGUAUUCUGCCUGCUUCGAGCUUUUCACUCUCACCAAGGACGGCAAGAGUCCCGAGCAGGAGUGGACCCCGCCCAUCAGGGUGAUGGUGCAAGACCUGGACAGCGACAUGAUCGAGCUGCUUGUCGGCUUCGCCUACCACACUCCGAUGCACGAGCGCGUCGGCCUGCACAAUGUCGACAAGGUACUCAAGCUCGCCGAGAAGCUCAAGUUAAGCAAGAUACGGGAUCACUGCCUCGGCGUCCUCAAGAGAAACCUUGAACCGGAAAACUGCAUCGACACUUAUCACCUGGCCUCCAGUAGAGGCUACACGAACGUCGCUAAAGAAGCUUUUCUCUAUCUGGUUCGGCACUUCCACGAGGUGUGGAAGAACAGCCCCCAGUUCCAGGCUCUGACACCAGAGGAGCUGAUUACCAUCCUGGAAGAUGACCGGCUCUACGCUCCCAGCGAAAUGGGAGAUACGUUCAGCGCCAUCCUCAAGUGGGUCUCCACCGAUGUCGCCGAGAGAAAAGCCUACCUCGCCAAGUUGCUGCCGCUCGUGCGCUUCUCAAGGUGUUCUUGCCCAGACUUCGAGAAAGUCAUGAUCAACCCACAAGUCCAGGGUGACGGAGACAGCGUGAAAGUGAUGAACGUGAUUCACGAGACGCUCUCCCGGCAGUCCGCGGAGGUUGGCGUAGUAGCCGGCGUUGACCUGUCCCCGAGGAUGUGGCUGAGGCCUCGCGUGCCCAAGGACGUCCUGUUCCUUUUCGGCGGAUGGACAGUGGGGGCUACCAACAACAUGCUCACCUACAACUGCCGCACCUCCAAGUGGCGCGGGAUGGGCAACCAGUACACCACGCCCAGGGCAUACCAUGGAGCGGCGGUGAUCAACCAGUGCAUCUACUUCGUGGGCGGCUUCAACGGCCGCGAGUGCUACCACUCGGUCGUCUGCUUCGACGUGGUUCUGUCCAGAUGGAGCGCCAAGGCAAACAUGUCGUAUGCGCGCUGCUACGUCAGCGUCGCCGUUCUCCAGGGCUCCAUCUACGCCAUGGGCGGUUUCGACGGCCGCACGCGCAGCAAGACGGCGGAGCGAUACGACAUCAAGAAAAACCAGUGGUUCGAGGUGGCCGACAUGAACGACACCCGCAGCGACGCCAGCGCCGCGGCGGCAUGCGGACGUAUCUACGUCGUGGGCGGCUUCACGGGUAUGGUGGUACUGGACACCGUGGAGUGUUACGACCCGUCGACCAACGCCUGGACACGGGUGCUCACGAUGUCCUCGCCCCGCAGUGGCCUCAAAACAGUCGUCCACAAGGACAUGAUAUACGUUAUCGGUGGAUACAACGGCGCAGCGCGACUUUCCUCCAUGGCGCUGUUGGACGUGAAAAGAGCACGUUUCUCGGAGCUUCCCAGCAUGCCACAGGCGAGGAGCAACCUCGCUGCAGUCGUUCUCGAAGGACAAAUCUACACUAUCGGGGGAUUCAAUGGACAGACGACCGUGCGGCAGGUGAACCGCUACGACAUCGAAGCUCGGAAGUGGCAUCCGGCACCCGAGCUCGGCAUGAACAUCAGCGCAUCCGCCGCUUGCGUUGUUCACGAUGUAGGCAACGUUGAGUUAUGGAUAUGAGCCAGACUCGUCACGCUCACCUGCGGAAUGAAUCUCCAGCGACCCGUCUCAUCUCCCUAUUCAAAU